AUGGGCUUCCAUAUGGCUGCGAAUGUGCGCAAGAAGAUGCCGUCAUCAGCAACACUGUAUGUCUUCGAUGUCAAUACCGAGGCCUGCAGGCGCUUCCAGACCAAUUUUGGGAGUCACGGGCCGAUUGAGAUUGCCAACACAGCCAAAGAUUUGGCUAGUCAAUCUUCUACAGUGAUAUCGAUGGUGCCAAUGGAUGCACACGCGCGAGCAGUAUAUCUCGACCCAGAAAAUGGAGUCAUUGCAGCUUCGAAGGAUCCUAACCGUCUUUUGUUGGAAUGCAGCACCAUAAAUGUAACCACCACUCAGGACAUUGGCCAGAAGAUAUUCAAUGCCAGGGUUGGAACCUAUGUCGACACGCCAGUCUCUGGUGGAGUUCGCGGCGCAGAGGCUGGCACAUUGUCAUUCUUUUUAGGAUAUAAAGGUACUGAUAAUGGCGACCACUUUGGCAGACGGAUUCUGUCAGUGGUUGAGUGGAUGGGAGCAGCAGACAAAAUCAACUUCUGUGGCGAUCUCGGAUUGGGUUUGGUGUGCAAGAUCACGAACAACUAUAUCGGUCUCACAAACAUUGUUAUCGCCGCUGAAGGUCUAGCUUUUGGGUUAAGGCAUGGCGUCAACAAGGGAAUCCUGUAUAAAUGCAUUAAGGCUUCUAGCGGUGACUCCUGGGCAUUGACCUUUUCUAACCCAGUUCCCGGGAUCGUACCUGAAAGUGCUUCAAGCAACGGCUUCAAGGCUGGCUUUACCUCGCGACUUUGUGCAAAAGAUCUUGGCCUGGCACUUCAAGCAGCUCGAGAGGUGGGUAUUCGACCAAAGAUGGGCGAGAUAUCUUUGAAGUAUUACGAAGAAGCAGACAAGGCUCCAAGUACAACUGGACUGGACGGUUCUUCCGUGUGGCUACAUAUAAACGAUGAAGCAGCAGACUUUGUCCGCCUGGAAUAG